UGUGUUAUCAAGUACAGAUAAACGUCGCGACAUGACCAAAUUGGAUCGCGUUGCAGCAGAAACAAAUGCACCAAGAGUUAGCCACCAGUUAGCACAAAAGACAAAUAAACUUGUCAGUCAUAACAAACACUUUACAAAUCUGGGUCAAGAAAAUAAAGUAUAUGAUAAAGUAGAUCACAGGAAAGAUGAUGUGAAAGGGUUUACAACAGGUGGCCCCUCUAUAGACACCGUAAAACAGUCACCGAGACAGUUUCAUGACAACAAAGCCACAGGGGGGAGUUACAAGACACGUCAAAUGCAAAUGACUCGUUCUGUGUUUGACAAAUCAGCCAAACGUGUUUUCAGGAAGGCAUAUACUAGCCCUAACUUUACUCGUCCUCGUAUGUCCUCCAUACAGAGAUAUUCGGACAUGAAGCAACGUUUGCUCAAGCAACCCACAAGGGUCUCAAACAACAGCACAGUCAAUACUACAGCAAUGUUAGCACAUUCAGUUCUGGAACCAGUGACAGGUGAAAGACGUAUAGUCAAGUUAUCUGACUUUAUAACGAGAAAGACGAAUCGAAACGAAUCUACGACCCUCAAAAAUAUUACCGUGAGUCGUUCCAUAACUCCAACAACACUAAACAGUCCAACUGUGAAACAAAGUGAACAAUCCAGAAUCAUCCCAUUCCUUAGGCCACCCGAAAUUCCAACAGCCACAAUCAAUUCCACUGUACACGAAAGGGCAUUUGAGAAAUACAACAACGUCCCAUUUCUGAGGCCACCUGAAAUUCCAACAACGCCAGUCAGUCCAUCUGGGCAAAAAAGGGGAUCUGAAGAAUUCAACACCCCAUACUUCAGUCCACCCAAAAUUCCAAUAACACUAAACAGGCCUACUGUGCAACAAAAGACAUUUGAAAAAUUAAAUAAAACCCCAUUUAUCGAGCCACUCGAAAUAUCAACAACCCCAAACAGUCCAUCUGUGAAACAGACAGCAUUUCUCGACCCACCCGAAAUUCUAGGAAAGCGAGAAAGUCCUACUGUGCAACAAAGGGCAUUUGAAAAAUCCAAUAAGAUCUCAUUCCGGAAGCCGUCCCAACUCCCUACAGCAAAACACAGUCAAACUGUGAAACCAAAACCAUUUGAAAAAUCCAGCAUCAUCCCAUUCUUGAGGCCACCCGAAAUUCCAACCACGCCACUCGGUUCAACUGAACAACAAAGGGCAUUUGAAAAAUUAAACAUUCCAUUCAUUAGGCCACCCGAAAUCCCAACAACACCAGUCAGUCCAACUGUGCAACAAAGAGUACUUGAAAACCCCAACAAAAUCCCAUUCCUCAGCCCACCCGAAAUUCCAACAACACCAGUCAGCCGAACUGUACAGCAAAGGGUACUUGAAAACCCCAAUUACAUCCCAUUCCUCAGCUCACUCGAAAUCCCAACAACACCAAUUAGUCCCACUGUGCAACAAAAGGCUUUAGAAGAAUUCAAUUACAUCCCAAACACCAGGCGGCCUGAAACGCCACCAACUCCAAACAGCCAAACAGAGAAACAGGUUAUCUACAAUGUACACAACGACAUCCAAAACACCAAACAACCUGGACCUGCAACAUCAGCCCCAACAACCUUUAUCUAUGAUAGAAUCCGACAUCUUUCUAGAGAAUCUAAAAGCCCAUCCAUCUCAAGGCAGCCAGACCUUCAAAAAGCAACAACAACUGCAGGCAUGGACUCUGAUGUUGACACCAAUACAUUGAUGCCAUAUGUAGAUAAGCUAGUUCCGUCCUCCACGCCAAGCUACGGCAAGGAACAGACACAACAGGCGCUACUGUACCUGGACAUGGAAGUUGACUACAAAAGGGAAUCAACAAUAUUACGGAACGGUAUUUUCAGGCUAAGAAGCGGUACACCUCAUGAACCAUAUUCUACACGAGAGUUAAUUCAGUCGAAGGAAACGUCCAUCUCAGCACAGCAUACAAUAGAUGGUGGAACCACAAGUCCCGAAACACGUUUGGAAAAGGGCAUUCAUAAUACCAACAUGGAGGAAAUGGCACCAAAGAUCUUGUCUCUCCCUGCCGUCACUGAAAGCAGAUCAACAGCAGAUCCCAUCGGCAAUGUAACCACAGCUGACGCAGAGGUCAGUCUUUACCGCCAAUUACCUAACGGAACAACCUCUGACCACGCUGUGAAGGAUAAUGAAGGGGAAGACGUGGAGCUGGACAUUCGUGUGGACGAGGCUCGAAUAAUAAAUGUUACGGGAAGUCCUUCAGGGGGUAGUCACGUGAGUACUUCUCAGGGAAAGACUCAGUCUCUGCAGAUUGAAGCUUUUGAGAGACAAACCGUGUUCGUCGAACCUCAUUUGCCGCAGUCAACAUCGCAGGACACGCCCAGUGGACCAGGGGAGUACGGAGCACCCGUAACAGUAGACUAUGACACACUCUCUUACCGGGACAGGCUGCAAUAUGCGGAGGGAUACAAACAGCACUACUUUAACCAGUACGUGAGUGACAUGGUCUCCGUCAGAAGACGACUGUUCGAUGAUAGACCUAAAAGUUGCAGGACAAGGCUCUACUCGGGGAAGUUACCGGAAGUAAGCGUCAUCAUAUCAUUCCAUAACGAGGCUUGGUCAACACUCCUCCGGUCAAUCCACAGUAUUCUGGACAGAUCGCCCCCGGACCUACUGAGGGAGAUUAUUCUCGUGGAUGACCUCUCCAAUAAUGGUUAUCUGAAGACUCCACUUGAGGAAUAUAUAGCCACUCUCGUCAAGGUCACACUCCUCCGCACCACAACGAGACAGGGCGUGGCACGUUCUCGACUCCUUGGUUACGCUGCUGCACGAGCUCCAGUUCUGAUCUUCAUGGACUCACACACUGAAUGUUUCCCAGGCUGGCUGGAACCGUUGUUAGAGGUAAUAUCACUGGACCCUUCUACCGUUACCUUCCCGGUGAUCACCCCAAUUGAUCCCGAUGACUUUCGUUCCCGGACGUCGUUGCCUACACAUCGAGGCGGUUUCAGUUGGGAAGGCUUGAGGUUUGUGUGGGACGCCAUUCCUGCCAAGGAACAAAACAAAAGAACAGAGACUGAGCCGAUAAGAUCCCCCACGAUCCCAGGGGGAGUGUUUGCCAUCAACAAGGCCUUCUUUGAAAUACUCGGAGGUUUUGAUCCAGGGAUGAUGUUCUGGGGAGGGGAAAACCUGGAACUCUCCUUUAAGGUUUGGAUGUGCAAUGGCAGUAUACUCCUUCUGCCAUGUUCACAAGUUGGUCACGUGUUCCGGAACUCCAACCCUGUCACGUGGCCAAACAGAGAGGAGGUUGCCAACGUUAACACAGUGAGAGUAGCGGAAGUGUGGAUGGAUGCAUACAAGAACUAUGUGUAUGAUCCAUCCUUCUUGAAACCGGACAAUUACGGGGACAUAACCCUCCGUCAAGCUCUGAGGCAGCGCCUUCGCUGUCACGACUUCCACUGGUACAUGCGCAACGUCUACGCGGAGAAGCAGGUUCCCCAUCGUCUCGUCGCAUCUGGAGAGGUUAGACCACGUGACCAUGUAGGAUCUAACUGAGAGAAUGUGCACAUGCCUUCAUAUAUGAUCACUUCA